UUGCGCGUGUUCUAUGGGCUGCGCGAGAUGGUGACGACCCGUGACGCCCCAAUGGUUGCCGGGGCACGGUGCAGGCGUUCGGAGUCUGGCGGCUCCUCUCUUUUACGCACCUCUCGUCAGGAGCGGGCGGCUGCGACUGCGCCUUGGGCAGCCGUCCGGGCCUAGAACCAUGAGAUCCGGGGGCGCGGGCUGCUCUGCUAGGCUGCUGCUGACGGUCGGCUGGCUGCUCCUGGCGGGCCUCCAGUCAACGUGCGGGAUCAACGUCACCGCGAUCCAGGAUCCCAGCUUAGCCCGCGAAGGCGAGGGCGAGCCAGAGGGCGACGAGGAGCCCGAGAACGACAGCGACACGGAGAGCGAGCCCGAGGCUGAGGCCGAGGAUGAUAGUGAGGUUUCAAAUAGCACGAUAGUCAAAGAAGUAGAAUUUGGGAUGUGCACCGUUACAUGUGGUAUCGGUAUUAGAGAAGUUAUAUUGACAAACGGAUGCCCUGGUGGUGAAUCCAAGUGUAUCGUACGAGUGGAAGAAUGUCGUGGACCAGUAGAUUGUGGCUGGGGUAGACCAAUUUCAGAAAGCCUUGAACGUGUAAGGCUUGCAUGUGUUCAUACAUCUCCUGAAAACCGUUUCAAAUAUAUUUGGAGACUUCUAAGGCCAGACCAGCAAGCCAUUAUACUUGCAAAUGAUUCAGCAAUCCUGGAAGUUCAGAGGGAUACUCACCCCAAGGCUUUUGAGUGUGAAACGUUGGAUAAUAAUGAAAUAGUAGCAUCUAUUAGAUUCACAAUCUAUACGACGACUGAAUUACAGAUGAAAAGAGCAAGCCAACCAGACACCGAUGCAGUCCUAGUUUUUGUGCUGACAAUAGGAGUUAUUAUCUGCAUAUUUGUGAUCUUUGUACUGAUCUUCAUAAUUAUAAACUGGACGGCAGUCAAAGAUUUCUGGGGGGCAAAGGCCUCGACAACUGAGAUACAGUCUGAACUGAGUUCAAUGAGAUACAAAGAUUCAACUUCUCUUGACCAGUCACCAACAGAUAUACCUGGACAUGAAGAUGAUGCUUUAAGUGAAUGGAAUGAAUGAUGCAUGCAUGAUGUGUAACAAACCAAAGGAGACUAGAGCGUAUCAGAUUCAUUAUUAUAAAAAUAUAUAGUUAAAUACUUUAA